AUGGAUGAUCUAGAGGAAGACAACCUGGAAGCCAUACAAGAAUCAGCCCAUCCACCUAAGGUUGCCUUGCAAAUCUCCUGCAAAACUGAGACUUGGGGCGAUGAUGCAUCCUCUUGCUUGGGCUGCAGUGCAUUUGUGGACAGGAACAAAAUUCCCAAGUUGGAAGAGCAGCAGGACGGUCCUGAGCAGUUGCUUGGCAAGUCUAUGAAAGAGCUAAAGAAGUUGGCAAGGGAAGGACGUUGGGCUCGAAGUCAUGCCCUACGGGCACAGGCUUACCAGCACAUUAUCCAGCACAUACCAUGUCGGCUAGUAACCCCGGAUGCUGCAGUCUAUAGGGAUAUUGCCAGCAAGCUGUUUGGAAGCCCUAACAAGAGCUUUGACCCUUUGCCUGAAUUCCUGGCAGGCAGCAUUAUGCCCGAGUACUGUCUCACCAAGGAAGGGGUAACAGCCACCAAGAAGAUCCUUGUCUGUAUUGCCAGCCUGUACCCUGACAUUACCUACUGCCCCCUGCUUCCAGCUGUGGCUGCCAUACUGCUCCAUUACAGCCAAGAUGAGGCCCAGUGCUUUGAGAAUACCUGCCGACUUCUCUACUGCAACGCUCCCCACACCUCCUAUAUAGACCACUCCUUCCUCACUCAUGAGGCUUCAUGCAUGACCUUUGGGGACCUUGCCAACAAACACUGCCCGGCAGCCCACCGACUGAUAGCUGGCUCAACCGUCAGCAUCUUUGAGGUGUAUUCCAAAUGGCUGGUGUGGCUGUUUGAUGACCUUCCAUUUGACUACGUCAUCCGCAUAUUUGAUGUAUACCUCCUAGAGGGGCAGAAAGUCCUCUACCGAAUCGCUCUGGCCCUGCUCAGGCAAUACCAGCUCUCUGUCGCUUCUAAAGGGCUCGAGGUGACGGACAUGAAGGGGAGCUUGCAGGCUUUCAUGUGGAACAUUCCUGAGCACAUGGCUGCUGAUAAGCUUCUAGAGAAGGCAUUUGGUAUCCGGCUUUUCUCUCGCAAAGAAAUCUGGCUUCUCCAGAUGGCUAACAAGAAGGCACUGGUGGAAAAAGGCGUAACCAUGGUACAGAACAGGCAGUCAUUCCACCUCACCGUGAACACGCAUAACUUCACUUCCAGCAUUGUCGCUGCUCAUGAAAUGCGCAUUGUGUGGUCCUGGAUUCCUGAACGGUUUUCUUUGUUCUCGCCCCUCCUCUUGUUCUCAACUUCUGAAGAUGGUUACAGCUUGCAAAGGUUUUAUUCCUGCUGCGAAGGCUAUGAACCAACAAUAUUACUGAUAAAAACCACACAGGGAGAAGUGUGUGGUGCAUUUCUCUCCUCAGACUGGAGUGAAAGGAAAAAAACUAGGGGAGGAGCAGGUUUCUUUGGCACAGGAGAAUGCUUUGUUUUCACAGUGCAUCCUGAAAUGGAGCGAUAUGAGUGGGUGUUCAUCAAGAAGCCGGAACAAGCUAAAGCCAUGCCUCGUUCCCCACGCCAGCGUUCACCAUCUCCUUUCUUUUCUGAGGGUCAUUCAACCAGCUCAAACCAGCUCACUGUGCCAACACUGGACAUGAUUAAAUACCGCCUCUCUCCGUUCCUGGCAAUUAAGCACUUCAAGCUGCCUUCCAGAACAGCCUCCAUGUUUAUGUCUGGGACUCAAGAAGGAAUAGUAAUAGGUGGUGGAGGAGGCCAAGCUCUGUUUGUUGAUGCUGAUCUGUACCAUGGGAGAACAGAACACUGUGAAACAUUUGACAAUCUUCCUCUCUGCCAAGAGAACUUCCAGGUGCAGCUCUUAGAAGCCUGGGGCUUUCAGAAUUCCUGAUCAUACCCUCUUUCUCAUGUGAAAAUAUGCAACAUUUGAUGCUGAGCUUCCUCUCCAUGGCAUUGAGCAUUACAGCUAGCCAUGGAACAAAUCACAUCAGAUACCUCACUUGGAAGAAUUUUCUCGUAAGAAGAUUCCUGUGGAUUUCAUUUGAUGCCAUGUACCCCAUUUUUUCUCCCAUCACCUAAAGGACUAGACCCUUCAUCUACAAUUCAAACCAAAUGCAAAGGCAUGUAAUAUUUGAUAUACCUGCUUAUUAUUUUAUUCCUGUCCCCCCUCCACACCCACACCCCAUACUUGCAGCAUUCUCUUUCCAUCAGAAGCCAAUCCUUGUAUAUAUACUUUAUUCUAAUGACUGGCAGUUUAGUCUGUAUCUUCCUUCCGAGUCCCAUGGCGUUACGGCACUGUGGAGCAGAACCACUGCCAUCUUUAAAAUCACCAGACAUGAUGAGAAAUCGCACACAUCUGUCUCUGUGCAAUUGUUCAGGUGGCUUUGAAGUGUGGCUGCUUUUGCCAAUGGAGAGCUCUCAGUACUGUUUUUUGUCCAGGCAUUUUGGCACAUCUUUUAAAGUGUGGCAUUGGAGAAUAAAAUGCAACAUUUGAAGGGCUGUUGUUAUAUUAAUCAGCACUUGUUCUGCCCUCAAGAGCACACAUGUGUAGCUCUGCAUCUGUACUAAAGUUUUGACAAGCAGGCAGCCUGUCCCUAUGGUCUAAACAAGAUUUCAGAAUGCCCUCAAGCCACAGUAGACCUUCUCAAGAAAACGGCAGAAGACAUCUGGUGACUGGGAUGCUCUCUGGACCACAUGCUUUUUACCAGUUCUACAGGCCCUCCAGGCAUCUCUAUAUAUAAUAAUAAUAAUAAUAAAGAAAUGUCAGUAGAA